GCAAAGACAGCUGUCCUCAGGUCAGAGCCGACACGUAUUGUUUCCAACAAGUCUUAAUCCAGGGUUCUGAUAUGCUGCAUUUGAGUAAGGGUGAUUAUGUGUGGGUGGACUCCGAUGUUGGGGUGCCGAUCGGGGCGGAGGUGAAGGUGACAGAUACCGGACAGCUCCGGCUGUUCGAUGAUGAGGGAAAGGAGCACAAGGUGAACAAGAAGACGGAGGGCACCAUGCGGCCCAUGCACCCCACCUCUGUGAACGGUGUGGAUGACAUGAUAAGGCUGGGGGAUCUGAACGAGGCCGGGCUCCUCAGGAACCUCCUGGUGCGACACAAAGAAGGCACCAUCUAUACAUACACAGGCUCCAUUCUGGUGGCAGUCAACCCUUACCAGCUGCUGCCUAUCUACACCACCGAGCACGUGCACAUGUACACAGACCGCCGACUGGGUGAACUGCCGCCGCACGUCUUCGCCAUCGCAGACAGCUGCUUCUUCAACAUGCGCCGCAACAAGAAGAACCAGUGCUGUGUCAUCAGUGGAGAGUCAGGAGCAGGGAAAACCGAGAGCACCAAGCUCAUGCUGCAGUUCCUGGCUGCAGUGAGCGGACAGCACUCCUGGAUCGAGCAGCAAAUCCUUGAAGCAAACCCCAUCCUGGAGGCCUUUGGUAAUGCCAAAACCGUUCGUAACGAUAACUCCAGUCGAUUUGGAAAGUACAUUGACGUCAACUUCACCAAGGGUGGGGCCAUUGAGGGGGCCCGUGUUGAGCAGUACCUUCUGGAGAAGUCCCGAGUCUGUCGUCAGGCGCCUGAGGAGAGGAACUACCACAUCUUUUACUACAUGCUGAUGGGAAUGCCAGCUGAGCAGAAGAAGACUCUUUCCCUUGGGAACGCUUCAGAAUACAACUACCUGACAAUGGGUAAAUGCACCAGCUGUGAAGGACGGGAUGAUGUGAAGGAAUACGCCCACUUCCGCUCGGCUCUGAAGAUCCUCAUGUUCACAGACAAUGACUCCUGGGAAAUCUCCAGGCUGCUCGCUGCUAUCCUUCACAUCGGCAAUGUGGACUAUAAUGCCACCAUAGUCAACAACCUAGAGGCUUGUGACAUCCUCCAAUCAUCCCAUUUCAAAAUGGCCAGCCAACUUUUGGAGGUGGAUCCCAAAGCACUGGAGAAGAGUCUGACUCAGCGUUCCUUCAUGACAGCCAGAGAGAGUGUGAUCAAACCUCUGACCUCGGACCAGGCAGUGGAAUGCAGGAACGCCUUUGUCAAGGCUAUUUAUGGAAGACUUUUCCUUUGGGUUGUGGGCAAAAUCAACGCUGCUGUUUACAAGCCAGCUGAGGAUUCUAAAGAGGUCCGACAGUCGAUUGGCCUGCUCGACAUCUUUGGCUUUGAAAACUUUGCCAAAAACAGCUUUGAGCAGCUGUGCAUCAACUUUGCUAACGAGCAGUUGCAGCAGUUCUUCGUCAAGCACGUUUUCAAGCUGGAGCAGGACGAGUAUACCCGUGAAAACAUUGUUUGGAAGCACAUCCAAUACCAAGACAACCAAAGCACCCUGGACGUGUUGGCCAACAAGUCUCUGAACAUGAUGGCGCUCAUUGAUGAAGAGAGUAACUUCCCCAAGGGCACAGAUGCCACACUGCUACAAAAGAUGAAUCAGGUCCAUGGUAAAGGGGACAUCUAUAUUCCCCCCAAGAACAACUAUGAGACACAGUUUGGAAUCAAACAUUUUGCUGGAGAAGUCUUCUAUGAUUCAAAAGGUUUUCUGGAGAAAAACCGCGACACCCUCAGCUCAGAUCUGAUCCAGCUGGUGGAGACCUCCUCCAACAAACUCCUCAAACUGGCCUUUCACGAUAUGCUGUCUUCCAGUACCAUCAAGAUCAGCACCAACCCCAGGAUGAUCAUCACCUCAGCCGCCUGCAGCCUCCGGCAAGCGAAUGAUGGCAAGAAGCGUGUGCCGACCCUGACUGGCCAGUUCCGUCAGUCUCUGGAUUCCCUGAUGAAAACGCUGACUUUGUGCCAGCCAUAUUUCAUACGCUGCAUUAAACCCAACGACUUCAAGAAACCCAUGCUGUUUGACAGAGAGCUGUGCAUGCGUCAGCUCCGUUACUCUGGUAUGAUGGAGACCAUCAGGAUCCGUAAAGCUGGAUAUCCCGUACGCUACACAUUCGACGAGUUCUUAAUUCGCUACCGUGUGCUUCUGAGAACUUCCCUCUGUGAUCCCAAAAAAGAAAGUAAACAGAAAUGCUGUGAAAGCAUUUGUGAAUCUGUGCUGAAUGGAGAGGGCGACUGGAAGACUGGCAAGACCAAGAUAUUCCUCAAGGACUUCCAUGACACAACACUGGAAGUGGAGCGAAUGAAAGAACUGAAUGAGAAAGCACUUCUGAUCCAGAAAGUCCUGAGAGGAUACAGAUACAGGAAGGCAUACCUGAGGAAAAAGGCAUCUGCUCUUGUCAUUCAGAAGCACUGGCGAGGACACAAAGGCCGAAAGCUGUACAGAGUGGUCCAGCACGGCUUUGCCAGACUGCAGGCUCAGGUCCGAUCCCGCCAGCUUCACUUCCAGUACAAGAAGAAGCGUGAGGCGGCCGUCGUGCUGCAGGCCCGGGUCAGAGGAUACCUGGCCAAGAAGGAAUGGAAGCGCAAGAGAGAUGCUGUGAUCCUCCUGCAGGCACACACCAGGGGGGGGCUGGCCAGAAAAGCAGUCAGAAAGAUGAAAACAGAUAUGUACCUCUCUGCCAAAGAUAAAGAAGACGAACGGCGGCUGAUUUUGGAAAGACAGAAACAUUUGGAGGAAGUGCUGAGGCGGAAGAAGGAGAUGGAGGCCAAAGCUCAGACUGAGUCAAAAACAGACCAAGAGAUGGUGGACAGCAUAUUUGACUUCCUGCCUGUAGUGGUUGGAGGGCAGGAGGGGCAAGCUCCUGUAGGAUUUGAGAAAUUCGAGUUGAAAAAGACAAUUACUGAGGAAAUAGACAUCGACGACUACCCCAUUGAAGAAGAUCUUCCCAAAGGAGAUGAUGACGACGACCUGGAUGAGUACUCCUUCUCCAAAUUCGCCUCUAUGUACUUCCAGGGUGCAGCCACCUACACCCACAUCCGCCAGAGGCUGCAGCAGCCUCUGCUCUACCACGAAGAUGAAGGAGAUGUCCAGGCAUCACUGACCGUCUGGUCGAUCAUCCUGAGGUUUCUGGGAGACCUCCCUGAGCCCAAGAAGCAGGUCCGAGGAAGCUCUACACAGGAGCGCUUCAUGCCACAGGAGCUCAUCUCCAGAAACGACCGUCGCCUCAGCCACAUGGUCGGCCUGGAUCAGAGGGUGCUGAGGAAUAAAAAAGAAAGAAAGCCUUCCACAGUACCCGAGGAGCCAGGACAGAACAGAAAGGGCUCCAUGUUCACAGACCUGCUGACCAGGAACAGGAAGGCUUCUGCUGUGCCUGCAGAGACAGCAAACCCCAAGGUGUACACUGUGCCAGAGGGGAGCCCUCGAACCAGGAAGGGAUCCACAUUCACUGACCUUCUGACCAGAAACAGAAAAGCUUCCACUGCUACAGAAAAUGCACCCCCCAAAUCCACCUCAAGCCUCAGGAAACCUUCCGUGAUCAUGGAGGAGUCCGACGAUCUGACUGAAGUGUCCAAGCCUCCCACCCUGCAGACUGUGAAUGAGGACAGUGACGUCAUGACUGGAGAGGGACCCACCCUGGAGCGGCCGCUGACCUCGCUGGAAAAACUGCACAUCAUUGUGGGAUAUGCCAUCGUCAGACGUGACCUUAGGGAUGAGAUUUACUGUCAGAUCUGCAAGCAGCUUCAGGACAACAACAAUCGCAACAGCUACUUCCGCGGCUGGAUCCUGCUGUCCCUCUGUCUGGGCGUCUUCCCCCCCAGUGAUCGCUUCAUCAGGUACCUGCAAAGCUUCAUCCGGUUCGCUCCAGGAGGCUACGCCUCAUACUGUGCAGAGAGGCUGCGGCGCACCGUGAUGAACGGAGUGCGGGGGGAGCCUCCAGCCUGGCUGGAGCUGCAGGCAACCAAGACGAAGAAGCCCAUGAUCGUGUCUGUGAGCCUGAUGGACGGACGCUCCAUCAACCUGCCUGUGGACUCCUCCUCCACCUCCAAAGAGAUCUGCCAACUGCUCGCCAGCAAAAUCACACUCAAAGACACAUUUGGCUUUUCUGUCUACGUCGCUUUGUAUGAAAAGGUGUGGGCUCUGGGCAGCGGCCGGGAGCAUGUGAUGGACGCCAUCUCCCAGUGUGAGCAGGAAGUGAAAAGGAGAGGAGGGCAGGAGCAGCACGCUCCCUGGCGUCUCUUCUUCCGCAAGGAGGUCUUCACCCCAUGGCACGACUGCAAAGAGGACAAGAUCAGCACAGAGCUCAUCUACAAACAGAUCAUCCACGGCCUCAAGUUCGGAGAGUACCAAAGUGAAAAGGAGGAUGAUUUGGUUCAGCUCACAGCCAAACAUUUAUACAUCCAGCAUGGCUCGGAGAGCAGUGCAGAGCAUGUGAAGGAAGCUGUUCAGGAGUGCAUCAACAACUCUCAGCUGGAGGCCAAGUCCGAGGCCAAGUGGGUGCAGAUGGUCAGCACGGCUCACGCUCAGGGUCCUUAUGUGAGUUCAAGACAGAAGGCGGACUCUGUGAAGGCGGAGAUGGUGGACUAUGCCCGGGAGAAGUGGCCCAUGUUUUUCUCCCGCUUCUUCGAAGUUCUCAAGCUGUCAGGUCCUGCGCUGCCAAAGAGCAAGUUCAUCGUGGCCAUUAACUGGACUGGUAUCACUUUCCUGGACGAGAGAGAGAAGAGGCUGCUUGAGCUCUCCUUCCCCGAAAUCACCGGAGUCCACAGCGUGAGGGAGGGUAAAGCGUCCAGCCAGGCCGUGAGUCUGCUGACUCUAAAAGGAGACUUCACUCUGAGCGGAGGCACGGCCGCAGACAUGUCCGAGCUGCUCACCAUGUUCCUCAGCGGCCUGACCGAGAGGUCUCAAUACGCCGUGACCCUGAAGGAAGCCGACAGGCAAGACGACCCCAUGUUACUGAGCUUCAAGAAAGGAGAGCUCAUUAUCAUAAUAAAAGACGACGAGUUUUCCCAGGAGCGUGGCUGGAUAAAGGGCCAGAAUGAGAGCACAAAAAAAACCGGAGCCGUCCCCACCGAGGCCAUCCUAAUCCUGCCAACGCUCAGCAAACCCACCAAUCAGGUUAUGAGCCUCAUCAACCUGUCUCCGAACCAGAGGAAAAACAUCAUACAGGCAAACCAGAAGGAAACUGGGACCAUGGAGAGAUUAGCCCCCACCACGCUGAAAGAGUUCUCCCAGGAGUACUUCAGGCAGCCCACUAAGGAUGUGAAUCGUCAGGUGAUGUCCAGGAACGCCGCUCCUGAGAGACUGUGGGCCAACUCCAGGGAGCCAAUCAGACAGCCACUCCUCCAGAAACUGGUGGGCAACCCGGAGCUCAGCCACAAAGCCUGCCAGGCCUUCACUGCGAUCCUGAAAUAUAUGGGAGAUUAUCCCACCAAGCAGAUGCAGAGUCCUCUGGAGCUCACAGACCUGAUCUUCAGCCCCGCCACUCAGAACGAGGCCCUCAGGGACGAGAUCUACUGCCAGAUCAUGAAGCAGAUGAGCAGCAAUAACAACCGGUUCAGCAUGGAGCAGGGCUGGCAGCUGCUGUGGCUCUGCUGCGGGAUGUUCCCUCCCAGCCAGGCCCUUUUAAAGCACACUCAGAAGUUCCUGGAGUCGCGGCGCAGAGAAGCCCUCACCUCCGACUGCCUGCAGCGCCUGCAGAGCUCCCUCAGGAUGGAGCCGAGGAAGCUCCCACCACACCAGGUGGAGGUCGACGCCAUCCAACAGAACAGCACUCAGAUCUUCCACAAAAUCCACUUCCCCAACGACACAGAGGAGAUAUUUGAGGUGGCCACAAACACCAGGAUCAGGGAUCUGAUCCAGAGCAUUAGCAAGAAGCUCAGUCUGGGUUCUGCGGACGGCUUCAGCAUCUUUGUCAAAACACAUGACAAGGUUCUCAGUUUGAAUGACACAGAUUACUUCUUCGACAGUCUGAGACAAAUCACUGACUGGUCCAAGAAAGCCAAGAGGACCAAAGAGGGUGGGCCUGUCAACAUACCCUACCUUGUGUUCUUCAUGAGGAAGUUGUGGUUUAACGUGAUCCCUGGCAGAGACACAGAGGCCGAUGUUAUCUUCCAUUUCCCUCAGGAGCUACCCAAGUACCUGAGAGGUUACCAUGUUAGCACCAAAGAGGAGAUGCUCAACGUUGCCGCUCUGCUCUUCAGGAUAAAGUUCAGCAACGACAAGAGCCAGUUUGUAUCCAUCCCCAAGGUCCUGAAGGAGCUGGUGCCUGCAGACCAACUGAAGGCCAUGUCCGAAAAUGAGUGGAAGAAGAGUAUUGUCGCAUCUUAUAACAAACAAGUGGGUAUGACUGCUGAGGAAGCUAAGGUGACGUUCCUGAAGGUGGUCUGCCGCUGGCCCACGUUCGGCUGUGCGUUCUUUGACGUGAAGCAAACAUCUGAACCAAGCUUCCCAGAUAUUGUGCGAAUAGCCAUCAGCAAGCAGGGACUCACCAUCAUCCACCCUAAAACCAAGGAUGUGCUGGCUAAUCACCCAUUCAACCGCAUCGCUAGCUGGUGCAGUGGAAGCACUUACUUCCACAUGACCAUUGGCAGUUUAGUCGAGGGGAGCAAAUUCCUGUGUGAAACUUCACUGGGUUACAAGAUGGAUGAUCUGAUAACCUCCUACGUCAACAUGUACCUCCGAGAGAGGAAGGCGGGGCAAACCAGGAACCAGCGCUUCAACUGAGCUGAAGCAGCACAGUUUGAUGCAACUAUGAAAGACACACACACACACACACACACACACACACACACACACACACACACACACACACACACACACACACACACACACACACACACACACACACACACA